AUGGAAGAUACCAAUCAUACUCUUUUUACAUCCCGUGGUCGUCCUCCCACAAUGGACGAUGUGUUGUCCAUCCGAUCCAGAUCGUCGUCUCCCUCAUCAGUGACUUCCAAGACCCUGGAGGUCUGCCUAGUUCACGAAGAAGUCGAAGUCGAAAUCGAAGCCGACGAUCACGAAGAACAUCAAGAACGACUGGGACCCCUGAUCCUUAUUACCCAUCGACGAUCGCGAUCACCAUUAUCAUCGCCUCCCGUUACUCCUCCCCUGCAAGCCAAGUGUGAUGUACUUCGCGACUACCUAUCAUACGCCGACGAAGAUAGUGCCAGCGACAGUGACAGCAACAGCGACUACUACAACGGCUUCCUUGAAAGUCCCACCUCCACUCCUCGAUCCCGUCUCUGUCACCGUUACCGUUCCACCGCGGGCAAUAGUAGUGACGGUCUUUUACCAGCGUACCCGUAUCAUCUGUACGACCUUUCACCGUCGAGAUCGCAUCCCUCCCAGCAUUGUUACUCCGCUCCAGAGGCCUCGAACAUGUUUUCUCUUCUCAUUAACAACCCACGUACCUUCAUCCGCUUCAUCUUCGGCAUCGCCUUUUUCAUGUGUUUCCUCACCAACAUGGUCUCCGGCGGUCCACUAGCUCAACAUCUCCGCGAUGCCUUUCAUGGUCACCGGCCAUGGCCACAUGAUCCGCAUCAUGAAGGGGAUCUUAGACGACGAGAUAAUGCGCAAUCCCAAACUCCACCGCCUCAAGGCGUUAUCAGAGUCGCAGCCGCCCCAGUCCAAAUCGACCCCGAGGGGGUAUACAUCCGCGCCUCUCCCUUUUUCAACUCUUCAACUGGCCAACCGGACACCUCGCGCAUCAUAGCCGGCUACGCCGCUGUUGACGGCACCGACCGCGUCCUGCGCACAUCAGUAUCGAUCGACUCCGGCGCCUCCUGGUCUUUUCUCGGGGAAGUCACCCGCUUGCCAAACGACGGGACUUCCGAUCUCGACAACGCCAUGCCGCUAGCUUUACCCUCCGGUCGCAUCUUGUUUGCUUUUCGACACCACUCUUUGGUCCCCUCCAUUUCUUCCCCAACAAGCUUCAGAUACACACAAUACCGCCUCUCAGUAUGUUCCUCCUCAGACGGCGGCAAAUCCUGGACCUUUCUGUCACACAUCGACGAACGCCCCGCCUGUGGCGACCCAGCGCAACUGAACGGACUCUGGGAACCUUUUCUCCGGUUAGGUGCGGACGGCAAGACCAUACAAGCCUAUUACUCGUCGGAAAAUUCCGCCUCGGACCAAAACAACCUCAUGCGCUUUUCGACCGACGAAGGGAAAACCUGGUCCGAUCCGCCAAUCUUGGUCUCCAGCUCUUCGUCAUCAGACUCAAGGGAUGGCAUGACGGGCGUAUCUGCCGUUUCGUCCUCCCCCUGUCGACAGAAAGAAUUAAUCUGCGUCUUCGAAACUACUUUGCCCGACGGGACCUUCUCCAUAGCCAGAGUCUUGUCGUACGACGACGGGCGGACUUGGGGCGAAAGAGAGACGGUGUACAUGGCCAAAGACCGAAAAUGGGCGGGUGCGCCGCAGGUUUAUUUGGUCGGGGAAACGCUGGUGACGAGUUUCUUGACGAACGAAGGAACGGAUAUGCCCAAGAUUGAUGGGGCGUAUACGAAAAUGGUUGUAAGCAAAGAUCAGGGAAGGACAUGGACAGGGACCAGGGGAAUGGAACAGGCGGAAACGGUGGCGGGCGUUGGGUCGCAUUGGCCUGGACUGUUUUCGCUGAAUGAGACGCAUUUUUUGGCGCUGUAUUCGACUGAUGCGAUGGGUGCUGUGGGGCAUUUGUUGAGUGUUGCUGGAGCUGAGGAGGAGGAGGAGAGGUGA